CUCAAAACAUCCAGUCCAGUGACUGAAUGUUCAAGGACAGAAAGUAUUCCUUGUUUGGCAACCUGCUCCACAGCGAGUGAGAAGGGAAGGUGGGAGGAUGUAACUCCCAUCCUCUGGAGCUUGACCCAUUCAAAACAAAUGAUUGAGAAGGGACCACACAGACCGACGGUGAGCCAUGCUGGAUGUGGUGGUGCUGUGCAGCGGAGCGUUGCUGCUCUUUUGGACCGGGCUGUGCGUGGCUCAGCAGGUCUCACACGGACAGCAGCUGAUCCCAGCCCACGACCCGACACUAACAGAGCACACCUUCCCGUCAACGAGGAGCGCCUCAGCCUCCGCGGUCCCUCCAAAUCCACCCUGCUUUGUGGAUGACAUAUUCACAGUGUUGGGUGAAGGAGCAGGGAACGACGGCGAACUCACACACAGCAGUUUGGCUUUGUUUGGGGUCUGCCCUGCAUCUGACAAUUCAUCAGGCUCAGUUUUAUUAGAGCUCGCAAAGGAAAUCAGAAGAAACCAGGGAACGGGUCUGGACAUUUUGUUUCCAGCUGCAGUGCUUCCGUCAGAGGAAAACGAGCGAGGGACGCUCAUGUUAGUGUUUGACCUCCCACAGUCUCCCUUGCUCAGGCUCAACCCUGUGCUGCUCCUGGUGUUUGAAAGUCCCCCCUCAGGAGGAGACCUGCACGUGGCUUUCACUAGUCAGUCUCUGCAGCCUAGCUCUCAGUCUGUGUGCAUGUCAGGAGAAACGCAGUACAUACUACUAACGGGAAAACCAUCGGAGGGCAGCUCUGACCAGAAGUGGAGGAUUUCUGCUGAGACGAAAUCCCCAGACAUGAGCCAAAACCUUAAAGACGUCCUCAUUGGUGGAAAAUCAGGAAGUAACACGAGCAUGACACCACUUCUGCUUUUCUCUGGAGAAACAGGAACUGAUACAAGAAACACACACUUUUCGUCCCCGGCCUCCUCGCAAACCCCCUUCCUCUGCGAGCUGAAGCGGUUCCUGAGGGCUGCCCUGCCUCAGGAACACCCCGAGUCUCCUCUGCUCCAGCUGGCCUCCUUACAGUCCCUGCCUCCGCUGUCCCUCGGGCCGUCCUCCAGUGAGACCUUUCUGGCAGGGAUGAUCAACUCCUCGGCCCCCAUCAUCUUCUCCUUCGCCAGCUGGGGCUCCAUGUACCCAGUCAGUCACGGAGAGUUGUCCCUGUCCUCUGCAUUGUUAGAGGAGCUCAGGCAGAAGCUGGAGCAGUCUGAACGUCAGAUAAUGGAGAUAAUAAGGGAGGAAGAUUUGCCUCGCAGAGCCACGGAGAGGCUGGAGAAACUCAAAGAGCUCAGUUUGUUGGGGAGGAAGGAGCAGGUAGCAGGACAGACACAGUACCGUGCGUUACUUCUGCUGAAGGCCUUGCAGACCGUGUCCCACAGAUACGACGUGCAGAGAGGACUGCGGGCCACCAGAGCGGGGUCCGGGAACCCAGCGAGGGGGAACGUGUGCGGGCUCAGGAGCCUCACUGUGUCCUUUGAAAAGCUUCUUUUGAGUCCGCACACUGCCAACAUUUACAACUGCCACGGCUCUUGCACUUUCCCGCUGGCCAACGCUAACAACCACGCCGUCCUGCUCAACCACCACAUCGAGAGCCACACUGUGGACGAGCGGGCGCCGUGCUGCGUGCCCGUGGCCUACGACGCCCUGGAGGUGGUGGAUUUUAACGAACAUGGAACCUACCUCUCCAUUAAGCCAGACGUGAUAGCAAAGGAGUGCGGGUGUCGCUAAUGCCGUAGUCUUCUCCCAGUGUAUUUGUGAAAUAGUUUUUGAUUUGACACCCAUCAGCCAACAACAGGUUUUGUUAAUUAAGUGUCAUUUAAUUGUCAUUUAUUUGGUGUAUGCAGUAUUUAUACACUGGCAGUGAAUGUACAUAAAUAUUAAUAAAUAUUUAAUCAAAUAAUAAUACAAGGCACACAUGCCUGAUAUAUAUCUACCUUUUUAAGGUACAUCUGCCAUUAAUAAGCUGAUCAUUACUGCUGAAGACAACAUUUGAAAGUGUGUUAUUAUGUGGCAUUUCAAAACAGUUGUUACUUAAAUGAAGAUUUUUGUCGACCCAUGAUUAAAUCCAAAGUAUACUUUUGCAUCCUUUAUUCAGU